AUGAGGACGGCAGAUAUGCACACUAGCUAUCUGGCCACAGUUGACGCUCUAGCUGGCAGAUCGAGUUUUCUCGGCCGCGCAAUCGUCCAAGCGCUCCUCACCCGCCGUACGCAAACCUCUGACAACUCCAUAAUCCGAGUUCUCGACAUUACGCGUAAUUUCACCGACCCCUCAAUCGAAUUCAUCCAAGGCGACAUCACCAACGCCUCCGACGUCACCUCGGCACUCACCCACAACAACCAAACAGCUACCACAUUUGUGUACACUAGCAGUGCUAGUGUGGUUUACUCCGGCGGUGCCUUGGAGUAUGUUGAUGAGAGUUUGCCUUAUGCAGAGACCUUCGGGGAUUUUGGGCCCGGCGACAGGCAGGUGACGCAGGGUGGGCUGGCAGCGCAGAGGCGUAAUUUCCCAGUACUCGUGCAGGUCGGCGAUAACACGGCGAUGUUUGACUUUACUAUGAAGCCAAAGCUGGUUAUUCCGACGGUGGUUGCGGCGGUUAUCCUGGUGGUGCUCAAGUUCUUGGCUGCUGUUAAGCUGGUCACUCAUGAUGUGCCGUUUGUUUUUGGAAUGACCUUUACCCCCCGUUAUUUCAAUAUCACAAAGGCGAAGAACAUGCUUGGCUAUAGGCCUGUGGUGCCGUAUAGUGAGGGAGUCCCGAUUGCUGUCAAGUCGUGUCUCGAGCGCUGGGCCAAGGAAGAGGCGGAGGCCGAGCAGAAGCAGAAGCAAACCUAA